AUGAUUUUAGUUAUUCGGAUAUACAUGAAACUCAAUGGAUAACUAAUAUAGAAGAGUCACAGCAUUAUGAAGAUUUAAUAAAUGUUGUUGAUGAAUCGCCUUUUCUGAACGUCCUGGAAGAUAUGUUUGACCAGUUAGUAACUUAUGAUGAAAAAUCACAAACAGCUGAUGUAGAAGAAUUACCUCACCUAGAUGAACUAUUAGAAGUUGAAAGAAAUAGUAAUGAUGAAAAUAUUGAGGAUUCAGGGCCACUAUAUCCAAUCGUACUAGGAAUAGAUUUUAGUAACUGGAAAGAAGAAGCUCACAUAAUCGAAGGUCAUAACAAAGGGCAUCAUACAGGAAAUUGUAAAUUCCAUGUAAAUAUAUAUCGAAGGAAGAAUAAUAAUUUGAUAUAUAUUACGAAAGUUGAUAGUGAACAUAAUCAUAAACUUGUUGAAAAUAUUGACAUGGUCGCUUCUCAUUAUUGCAAACUUUCCCCAGAAAUUUGUAAUAAAUGUAAAAACCCAACAAAAUACAUUCAUCCUCGUAACAUUUAUAAUAUAGUUCAGGCAAUUAGGCAUGAGAAAAGAGUAACUAGUGAUGCUGAUAAUUAUCUGGUGUGUCUCUGCUGGAUGAGACCAAGCCAACAACAAUUAUGGGCUCGUUUCUUUGAUGUAGUAUUAAUUGACACAACUGCAAAAAUAAACAAAUAUUCAAUGAUUUUGUGUGUUGUUAUUUUGAUUGACAACCAUAAUCAAUCUCAUCUUGUAGCUACUGCAUUAUUGUCCGAUGAAACUAAGGAUACAUUUUCAUGGUUGUUUGAAAGUUUUAAAAAAGUAACAAGUGGAUUAGUACUAUCCCUACUUUAUACUGAUGCUGAUCUUGCAAUGAUAGCUGCAGCAAAAAGAGUGCAGAGUACUCAACAUGUUGAAGCCUAUAAUAGCAUAAUUAAAAGUAAUGUAAAUAGAACAUUAUCACUCUUAGAACUUGAUCAUACUAUUGAGAGGCUGUUAGUAAAAGAAAAUCAGUUUGUAAAUUUAAAUGAUGCUAUUAGCAAGUUUUCUAUGAGUCAAGAAGAGGGAUAUCAUAAUUGGUAUUUUAAAAAAAUUGAUGAAGUAUGUCAACGUUUUUUAACUCCUGCGAUUCUAAAACUUCAACAAAAUGAGAUGAAUCGCAGUGCACAUUACCAGUGCAACAUGAUUAGUUUGAAUGAGGAAACUAUACAGCAAGUUAGUAUUAAGUGUUUAAAUAUUGUGGAUUCAACAUUUACAAAAAGCAUUCGUGGUCAACAUGUUUUUACACAAGAAAUUCAUCAUGAGUUUAUACUUAAACAACAAUGGGGAAAAGGGUUCAGAAUAAUGAAAAAAGCACUUAACUUAGCUAUUUCAACAGGUAGAGCAGAAGAGCUUUAUGAAAUGCAUUCAAGACUUGUUAGUGAAAUGGAAAAUGAGAUUGAGAUAAAUGAAGGAUGA